UUUCGUCUGCUUUUAAAAGAAUAUUUACGUUUUAUUUUAAAAACACGCUUAUUCUGGGAAUUGUUAUUCUUAUGUUAUUCUAUUUCAAGUCGUUUUUAUGCAUUUUUAUUGCUUUGAUAGUAACAUUUUAUCAAGAAGAUCUUUCACGUUUAUGCAACUGGAAUUUUUCAAACCGAAAAGGGAUAGUUCUGGCCAUUGGUAUUUUAUCAGCACCAAAAAAUUUUGAAUUGAGGCAAGCAGCAAGAUCAUCAUGGCUGCAAAAUUAUUCGUCUAGAAAUAGUGAUGUUAGAGCUUGGUUUAUUGUUGGAAAUAAUUCAUGUAAAAUACCUCCUGAAUAUAGGCUUAAUGAAUAUGAUUGCGAAAAAUGGAAAGUGGAUAUUUCAGGUCUUCAAGAAAUUUUUUUUACUGCAAAUGAAGUACAAACUGAUAACUGCUCUUCAAAUUUGGAAAAACACUUUUAUGGAGGUUUUAGUUUUCAGGUGAACUAUCCAGUUGUUGUGACACAAUUAGGGAUAUUAUCUUCACUUCUACCAGAAAAUAUUGAAACGAAGGUAGCUAUUAUGGAUGUACAAAACAAGGAAAUAAUUAUACAAACUUCAGUUUUGUUGAAUAAAUCUAUUGCUUUGCAUGGAUACUUGUAUGCUGAUGUUGACCCUAUUUUACUUCCAAAAUAUUAUGAAGGACUUAUUUUGAUUGAAGGUUAUUUAAAAGAAAGGUCUUGUUUAGACAUGGUUUGGAAUGAUGGUGGAGGAAUUAUUACUUUCAAAAGAGUUUAUUUAACCUCAGAACAUUUAGAUAGCAAAGUAUUUUUUUCUGAAGCAAGAGUAGCAUUGAGCAUUAAAUUUUUUGUUCCAGAAAUAGAAAAGCUAAAAAGAAUGAUACAUGAGGAGGAAUUAAUCACAAAGCAAUGGUCCCUACAGUUAGAAGAAUUAAAUAAAAGAUUAAGGACAGAAAUAGCUGAAAAAGAAGAUAUCCUCAUUGUGAAUAUUACAGAUACAUAUAGAAGUUUACCAGCAAAAUUACUUAAAUUCUAUCAAUGGUUAUACUUCAAUCAUGAGUUUUCAUAUAUCUUGAAAACAGAUGAUGACAGCUUAAUAAAUAUUGAUCAACUUUUACAAAAGCUGCUUGAGGACUCACAGUUUGAUCCAACCAAAGCAUGGAUAUGGAGUCGAUUUAGAAAAAAUUGGCCUGUAAAUUACAUUGGUAAAUGGGCUGAUUAUGAUUAUCAGUCGCCAUACUACCCAACAUUUCCUUGUGGUGCUGCUUAUGUUAUAUCUCAAAAAAUUGCCCUUUGGUUAAUUUCUAAUGCUGAGUUAUUGUAUACAUAUCAAGGUGAAGAUGUGUCAAUGGGUAUAUGGUUAUCGGCUAUAAAUACUAAUUUUAUUGAAGAUGACCAUUUUGAAUGCAACAGGGAAUGUAAACCCCAGAGUUACAACAGAGCUCAACUCAGCCCAAAUGAAAUUCAAGAAAUAUGGUCUUCCUUUGAAAAAUGUCAAAAUUUGUGUUCCUGCAAGUGAAAAUGUUGCACUAUUCAAACAUGUAUAAAGUGUUUUAUUUAAAAUUUGUAUCGGAUUUCUUCCAUCAGGAUACAUCAUAUAAUAAAUAAAAUAUUGAAACAAAA